AUGAACCUUGACAAUGAACAUAGGCAGGAGUCUUUCAUUCCCAAGAUUCACUGCUGUAUCUGUGGGCUCCUCAUCGACAGCAACCCCAGUAACAUGUGCCCCAACUGUCUUCGGGCGCAUGUCGAUAUCGUUGACGAUAUCCAAAAGGAGUACAUCCUGAUUUACUGCCCUGAGUGUCAGCGCUAUCUGCAACCGCCGAAUUAUUGGGCCCGCGCAGAUUUGGAAAGUCGUGAGUUGCUGACGAUCUGCCUGAAACGCAUUAAGGGGAUUCGAAAUACCACUGGUGGGGGUGCCAAUGGCAGCUCUGCCAAUAAGGCUCGACUAGUAGAUGCUAAAUUUCUGUGGUCGGAGCCACACAGCAAGCGCAUUUUUGUUAACCUCACAGUGCAAAAAGAGGUUCUCAGCAACAUUGUGAUCCAACAAUCAUGCCAGAUCCAGUAUUGUGUGAACUGGCAGCAGUGCCCGACCUGUCAGAAGGUCGCCACCGGCCAGCCUCAAUGGGAUGCAUGCGUUCAGCUUCGGCAAAAGGUGAGUCACAAAAAAACCUUUCUAUAUCUAGAGCAGGUCAUUCUUAAGAAGCGCUUACACGAAAACUUUACUCGCAUUGAGAGCCAACCAGAUGGACUCGACUUCUAUUUUGGCCAUAAGAGCCACGCUCUGAACUUCAUUGAGUUUUUACAUCGGAUGGCCCCCGUAACACGUCGCGAUGCGGUGCAAUUAGUUUCGCAUGAUUCGAAAAACAACACCGCGGUUCAGCACUACACCUACUCUCUCGAUAUCGCUCCGCUGUGUAGAGGCGAUCUCGUCCUCCUACCGUACAAAGACUUUUAUCUGAAAUCAAUGGGGGGCAUGGGACCUUUAGUUUUGGUUCACAAGGUUUAUAGCUCCAUCGUCUUCUUAGAUCCCAAAACCCUACGUGCGGGCGAAGUCACGGGUUCACUGUAUUGGAAGAAACCUUUUCCUUCUCUUUUGACGACACGCGAGAUGUCAGAAUUUUACGUCCUAGAGUGCAGCCCGAUGACCUACACCAAUGGGAUUUAUCAGCUGGGCUUGGUGACCGUGUGUUUGUCGUCUGAAAUAGGUAAAGGACGCGAGUGGGUCGUGCAGUCGCAUCUUGGCGGGAUUCUUAACCCGGGGGACCUUGUGAAGGGCUACCUCCUCAGCUCGCGAAACGUUUCUAAUGAGGACUUAGACGAGGGGCGUUACCGAUCUGAAGAGCUUCAGGAUGUGAUUUUAGUGCGCAAAUAUUUCCCAUCACAGCGACGCCACCGUAAUCGACGGCUGUGGAAGCUGAAGAAACUCGAUAUAGUCACUUCUCAAGGAGAUCGUACCACUAUGGGCACUGCGGGACAUCCGGGUGGGAGUAGCAAUAAUCAUGGCGUCUCUUCGCGCGGUACACGCCACGGGAAUCUCAUGGACGACGCUCCAGACGAUGAGGCUGAAUUUGAAGAUGAAAUCGAGUACGAUAAGGAGCUCCGCAAAGAUAUUAACAUAUACAAGAAGAUGGAAAGUGAGCUGGAGCCUACUGCGCGGCGACACCACUCUGGCAACGUGGCAGACACACAGCACGGAGAGGAUGGAGUUUGCAUUACUAAAGAAGCGGAUGAGGAUGAGGGCGAUGAUGAGAUACCGCAAAUCAGCUUAGAGGAAAUGUUGGAUGAACUUCAGAUUGAUGAAGGCGAUGAAUCUGCGGCUGAGGCCCAAGAUGGGGGACCCAGCAACGAGGAGUUAGCUGAAGGAUUGACUAAUACCCUUCCUGACGACAAUGAGGGCAACUGCAACAAGAAGCUCCGAAUCAGCUGA